UCUCGCAAGAGCCACUUCGAUUCGAAACAGAUCUUUAAAAGCCUCUAAGAAAGAACAAUGGCUCUCCAAGCUGCUUCUCUGGUUUCCUCUGCUUUCUCUGUCCGAAAAGAGGGAAAAUCGAAUGCAUCGUCGUUCAAGGAGUCUAGCCUUUUUGGAGUCUCGCUUCCAGACCAAAUCAGAGCUGAUUUCGGCUCUUCGCCAUUGAAAUGCAAGAGGGAAUACAACGCGAGGAAUGGAGCGAUAAGAGCUCAAACUGCUGCGACUUCGAGUCCAGCCAUAAGCAAACCUGCCGUGGAAGGCAAGAAAACUCUGAGGAAAGGGAACGUAAUCGUGACAGGAGCCUCAUCAGGGUUAGGUCUAGCAACGGCUAAGGCAUUGGCCGAGACCGGGAAAUGGCAUGUGAUCAUGGCCUGCAGGGACUUUCUCAAGGCCGAGAGAGCAGCGAAAUCGGCGGGGAUGCCGAAGGGGUACACGGUCAUGCAUUUAGACCUCGCCUCGUUGGAUAGCGUUAGGCAAUUUGUCGAUAACUUCAGAAGGAAGGAACUGCCUCUCGAUGUAUUGGUCUGCAAUGCUGCAGUUUACUUGCCCACGGCUAAGGAACCUUCCUUCUCAGCCGAAGGGUUCGAGCUCAGCGUCGGGACGAACCAUUUAGGACAUUUCCUUCUCUCGAGGCUAUUGCUCGACGACUUGAAGAACUCCGAUUACCCUUCUAAACGUCUCAUCAUCGUCGGCUCCAUCACAGGGAACACGAAUACAUUGGCGGGUAACGUGCCGCCCAAGGCGAAUCUCGGAGACUUGCGGGGAUUAGCAGGGGGAUUAAACGGAUUAAACAGCUCUGCAAUGAUAGAUGGAGGGGAUUUCGAUGGGGCAAAGGCGUAUAAAGACAGUAAAGUCUGCAAUAUGCUGACAAUGCAGGAGUUCCACAGGCGUUACCACGAAGAAACGGGCAUAACGUUCGCCUCGCUCUACCCUGGUUGCAUCGCCACGACGCGUUUGUUCAGAGAGCACAUUCCUCUCUUCAGGCUCCUCUUCCCUCCCUUCCAGAAGUACAUCACGAAAGGGUUCGUGUCGGAAGCAGAAUCUGGCAAGAGACUUGCUCAGGUGGUGAGCGAUCCGAGCUUGACCAAGUCGGGAGUGUAUUGGAGCUGGAACAAGGCCUCGGCCUCGUUCGAGAACCAGUUGUCGCAGGAAGCGAGCGACGUCGAGAAGGCUCGGAAAAUGUGGGAGAUCAGCGAGAAGCUCGUUGGCUUGGCCUAGACGAGGAUGGAAUAUCCGGAACGACAAAGCUAGCUGAGAAGAUUCUUUGUUGUUAAAUUUCUUCUUUUUUUCCCCGAGUGAUUUGAGUGUUUAGAGACUUGGCUACUGCAGAAUCGACUGUAAGAAACGUAAUAACUUUUGCGGCAUUUGGAAAAUCCAAUUUCACAUCUCUCUAAUGGUA